UUACAUAAGCUGCUCCUAAAUAUCAAAACAAGAAAGUGAAGAAGCAGAGAUAUUUAUUUGUAAACCCAGAAGAGAAACAGAGAGAAAACAAAGAUGGAUGAUGUUAUACCACAAUCCGAGAGCCACGACCUAACAACUCCUUCAAAUCAUAACCCAAAAGGUGAUGAAGCUAAAGGAGAAGGAGGGAGAGUAGGUAAUGGGUUCAUCAGCAACCUGAAAAUCUCUACUUUGAGCUCUGGAGCUGAAGAACAUGGUGGAGAUGGAGAAGGUGGUGAAGAUGAAGGAAAGGGUGGUGGGCUUAUAACCAACUUCAUCUCCAACUUGGUGUCACCAAGGAGUACUAAAGCAGGGGAGGUUACUAAGCGAAAAGUUGAAGAUGAAGUUGAAGCUGGUGAGAUAGUUAAUGGUCAGACAGAGCAAGAUGUGGGUGGUGGUGAAAAUGGUGGAGGGGUGAUUUCAAACAUCAUUUCCAACUUCUUUCAUGCAAGUGAGGAAGAGAAAGAAGGAGAGAAGGUGAAAGAUGGUGGAAAUAAAAGGUUGAAGAUGGAGGAGGAGGAAGGAGGUAAGGGAGGCCUCAUUGAAAACAUUGUCUCUCACUUGCCUACAUCAAUUCCAGAUGAUGCAGCUCCAACAACUGAUGAGGCCUCCAUUCUUAUUCACUCCAUUGUCAAAGACUAGGCAGAUCUUGGCCUCUACUGACCGAGUACAACAUGUUGCUGAUGUUUCUUUGUUUUGUAUUUUCGUAUUGUUGCUGUUGCUUAAAUUGUCGAUGUUGUUAAGUAGUAAGUACAUUCCAUCAAUGAAUUGGUAUUCAAAGCAACAUGUUUCAAGAGCCUCUAUGUUCUAAGGCCUCCAAGUAUGGUCGCGUCUUAGCAUAAUUAAUCUCCACUUGGCAAUUCUCUGCACAA